AUGGCCAGCCCACCGCCCGUCGCCGAGGACCAGACCCGCCUCCUAGAAGAGGCAUUGGGGGUGGUGAGGCAGCAGUCGACCAUGAUGCGCAAAUGCCUGGAAACUCCGGGCAAACUCAUGGAUGCGCUCAAGUGCGGAUCAACCCUCGUUUCCGAAUUGCGAACGCCGAGCCUCGGCCCUAAGCAGUAUUAUGAAUUGUACAUGGCCGUUUUCGAUGCUCUCCGACACCUAUCCGUUUACCUUAAAGAGAACCACCCAGUCAACCACCUGGCAGACCUUUACGAGCUGGUUCAGUAUGCCGGCAACAUUGUUCCUCGGUUGUACCUGAUGAUCACCGUUGGCACUGUUUACAUGUCCGUCGAAGAUGCGCCGGUCAAGGAGAUCAUGAAGGACAUGAUGGAAAUGAGCCGGGGGGUUCAGCAUCCGAUUCGCGGGCUAUUCUUGCGAUACUACCUCUCCGGCCAAGCACGCGAUUACCUACCAUCGGGAACCAGCGAUGGCCCCGAAGGAAACCUGCAGGACUCCAUCAGCUUUGUUUUAACAAAUUUUGUGGAAAUGAACAAGCUCUGGGUUCGACUUCAGCACCAAGGUCCCUCGCGGGAACGGGAAAGACGGAUGCAAGAACGGCGCGAGCUUGAGCUACUCGUGGGUAGCAACGUUGUUCGGCUCAGCCAACUGGUGGAUCUGGAGGCAUACAAAUCUGGCAUUCUCCAAGCGCUUUUGGAGCAGAUUGUGCAAUGUCGGGAUGUGCUGGCGCAAGAAUACUUGCUGGAGGUCAUCACCAAAGUCUUCCCGGAUGAGUUCCAUCUGCAUACGCUCGACAUGCUCUUGUCAGCUAUCUCUCGACUCAAUCCGGCAGUGGACCUAAAGAAGAUUGUCAUUGGAUUGAUGGAUCGCCUGUCAACGUAUGCAACGAAGGAGAACGACUCAACAGCGGAGCCAGAGGCACGGGUCAAGAACGAGGAAGAAGCCGUGACUAAACUACUACAGAAAUUAGAGCUUGACAAGGAGAAGAAAAAGAAUCAGGAGGCGGAUGAAGCUGCAAAGGCAACUCAAGAAAAUGGAACCGAAGACUCCAGCAAGACAGAACCCGAGGAGUCGGCUGAACCAGAGCAGGAACCAGAGCAGGAUGCAAAUGAGAAUGAGAAGAGCAAUAUCCCGGCACAGGUCAAACUGUACGACAUUUUCUACGAGCAGGUGGUGAAUCUGAUCAAGACACGUGCAUUGUCGAUCCAGGAUACUAUGGCCCUCCUGGUGUCUCUUGUCAAUCUGGCCUUGAAUAUCUACCCUGAUCGCCUGGAAUAUGUCGACCAAGUCCUUGACUUUGCGACUGAAAAGACUGUGGAAUUUACUGAUCACGCUGAUCUUCACUCUGCACCCACACAACAGCACAUCCUACAUCUUCUCAGCGCGCCGCUCCGCUCAUAUGUCUCUAUUUUCACAGCUCUUGCUUUGCCACAUUACCUACCACUCUUGACAUCUCAGUCCUACCUUACCCGGAGAUCAGUUGCAGGUGAAAUCAUCCGCAGUCUGCUCAAAAACAAGAUUUACAUCUCCUCUUCGGAGAACCUUGAGCGUGUUUUACAGGCUGCAAGGGUUCUGAUUAAGGAGGGUCUCCAGCAAUCGACUGGCUACCCAGGCGCUCAGUCCCAGCGACGUGGAGGAGAAACGGACGAGACCAUCGAAGAACAAGGAUGGCUGGCAAGAUUGGUGCACUUGAUCCAGGCACCGGAUAAUGAUCUUCAAUUAAAGGUAAAUUUGCUUCGCAAAUGUAUUUCUCACUCAUUCCAAGCUAACGGCAACACCCAGCUUCUUCAAGCAACACGCAAAGCUUAUGCUGAUGGCAAUGAGCGGAUUCGCUACACCACUCCGGCUAUUGUGACGGCAUCAAUCCGUCUUGCCCGGAAACUGAAGUCAAGGGAGCACUACGAAGACAACUGGCAGUCUCAGUCUUCAGCCCUCUACCGCUUCAUGCACCAGUGCAUCAAUAACCUCUACCAGCGAGUGAACCCCGGCUGUGCAGAUCUUGCUCUGCGACUAUUCGUAAUGUGCGGUGAAGUUGCGGACCAAACCGGCUUCGAAGAGGUGAGCUACGAGUUCUUCGCGCAAGCUUUCACCAUCUACGAGGACGCCAUUAGCGACUCCCGAGCACAAUUCCAAGCAGUCUGUGUAAUUGCAGGUGCUUUACAUGGCACACGUGGCUUUUCAAAAGAGAACUACGACACCUUGAUCACCAAGGCCGCUCUACACGGCAGCAAGCUCCUCAAGAAACCAGACCAGUGCCGUGCCGUAUACCUCGCCAGUCACCUCUGGUGGGUUGUGGAAAAUCCCCAGCGAGGUGAAGAGGAUCCCUCAGAGCUCUACCGCGAUGGUAAACGUGUUCUGGAAUGCCUACAGCGUGCCCUCCGUGUCGCCGAUGCUUGCAUGGACACAGCGGUCUCCGUCGAGCUUUUCGUCGAGAUUCUGAACCGCUACGUCUACUACUUCGACCAGCAAAACGAAACAGUCACCACCAAAUACCUCAACGGCCUAAUCGAGCUGAUCCACUCCAACCUUCAGAGCAACGAAGAGGAUUCCAAUCCCAAUCUCGAUGGCCCGAAGCGCCAUUUCGAGCGCACCCUAGAAUACAUCCGAUCGCGGGAGUACGAGGGUGUCGUUACCGAACGGCAAUGA